AUGGAUUAUGAAGUACUUCCACCUAUGUGUGUAUUAGUUAUCAACAUUUUUAACGAAAAAAUAUUCAUUUUAUUAUGGCUUUGGUUCUGUAUUCUAUUUUUUAUAACUCUAUUUGAUGGCCUAUAUUGGUUUAGUGUUUCUUUGUUUCAUAGAGAUAGGUUUCGGUUUGUUUUGAGACAUUUGGAGCUUACUUCCGAUCCAGAUCGUCCCGAGCUUUUUAGAAAGGAGAAAAGGAAGCAAGUCGAACACUUUUUGAAGGCCUAUUUGAAGGUAGAUGGAGUCUUGGUGCUUAGAAUGAUAGCACUCCAUGCUGGAGUAAUGUAUUGUACAGAAAUAACAGAUGCUUUAUGGAAAAGAUAUCUUUCACAACACCCAGAAAAUUUAAUUGAUGAAGAUUCGGUGCUUAUAAAUUUUGCUCGUACCCAAUCAAUUCGAAGACGUAUCGGCUGUAGUGCCUCAUCUACUUCCCUUGCUCCAAAUCACAAUGGUUCUUCUGGCGGUAGUGCUGGGCGAAGAGUUAUUCAAAGGAAUGCCCACGCCCGUCUUUCACGUUUCCUUUCCUAUCGUCAAGUACCCGCUGCUGUUAGAAAUACUCGUGGUGCUGUAGUCUAUCGUCCAAAUCCUCGUAGUACUGCUCCAGGCACUACUACAACUUCUAGUGGAACAACAGUGGAAAGAGGAAGAAUUAUCAAUCGUUGCAUUUCUCCCUUGUCUCAGAGGCAUUAG